UCGGCAAAGGAGCGAUAGUGAAAAAUUUGUCUCAUAUAAGUAUUUAAAAUUCUGACUCCAACGAGAAAAAAAUAAAAAUAAAUAAUUUAGACAAUGUUAAAAGAAAGUGAAACAAAAAUGAAGAAAGGACAUACUUAUGUGCAGUGGAUGUUGGCUAUUGCAGUGGAAUCAAUCGUCUUUGCAUAUGGCUUGCUGGUAGGAUGGGUCUCCCCGAUGAAAAGUGUCCUGCAAUCAGAGACAAGUCCGUUUGGAAGACCUGUAACAGAUAUGGAGAUGGGUUGGGUGGCCAGUGUCGUACCAUUAGCAGCAAUAUCAGGAAUUCCUAUGUUUGUAUAUAUAGCCGACAAUUAUGGAAGGAAGCUCGGAAUCUUUGUGAUGGCGAUGUUCCAAACGGGUUGUUGGAUACUAAAACUAUCCACUGCGAAUGUUCCAUGUCUAAUACUAGCCAGAGUCCUGGCUGGUAUUGCAAGUGGAUGCACAUACCAGCUCAUUCCUGUUUACGUAAAAGAAACUAGUCAAGACAGUAUAAGGGGAAUGUUGGUCUCAAUGAACACUCUUAUGCAAAAUUUUGGACUGCUCUUGAUGUACGCUAUGGGCCCCUAUUUAGACUAUUAUGCAAUAUUAUGGAUUGGUCUGGGAGUGUCGUGUGUAACUCUAGUGGCGUUGAUUAGAGCUCCUGAAACUCCACCAUUUAUGGUCAAAAAAGGAGAAUAUAAAAAAGCACAAAAAACUUUAGCAUUUCUAAGAGGUCUAGAUAUUGACGAUAAGGUGGUUCAGAAUGAAAUUGAUUGCAUGAAGGAAGACGAUAGACGUGCUAGGGAACUUCCUGAUGUAACACUCAUCUCUAUCGUCAAAUCAAAGUACUCCCGGACUGGACUGGGCAUCCUGAUGCUAAUUCUUGGCACACAAGCAACAAACGGAACAUACGUGAUAUUCACUUAUGCGUCUUUCAUUAUAUCCUCAUCUGGAGUGAAAAUGAGUCCAGAGCUACAGACGCUGUCCAUUCCUAUCGUUUUGAUUGUGGGCUCAUUGGUGUCUAUUAGUUGCAUUGAGAAAUUUAGGAGGAAGUUUAUACUUGCUACAGGAUUUGGGUUGACAUCAGUAGGUUUAGCAAGCCUGGCAUCAAUGCUCACUGUCCAGUAUCAUGGAGGUAGUCUACCUGAAUGGAUGCCUAUAGCGGCAAUCAUCCUGACUUGCUGGUGUUACUCGGCAGCUAUUGUACCGCUUACGUACACAAUAAUGGCAGAAAUGUUUAAUUUUCAAAUCCGUGCAAAGGUAUCAGGCUGUGUUUGUAGUUGGUCAUGGUUCAUGGCCUUCCUCCAACUCUUGUUCUUCAUCCCGCUGUCCGACCUGGUCGGCUUUCAUAACACAAUAUUCUGCUUCGCUGUCAUCAACCUAUUUGGAUUCAUCAUUACCUUAGUACUGGUUCCGGAGACUAAAGGGAAAAGUCUCGAGGAAAUUGAGAAGACGUUGGCUACUAAAUGAAAAUAGCUGACAAAAGCUACAUUAAUUAUUAAUUAGCUGUAGUAUUCUUUCAGCUCAUCCGUCGCAGCUAUAUAAAAAGAAAUUGGUGGUUUUGUUUAUGUAUUUAAUUGAAUAUUCACACUGACCUCAAAAUCGUCAUGAUUGGACAAGUGCUAUUGCAUUAAAAAGGCAGAAGAUUUUUCCCGUCAGUGGCAAAAAAUAACCUGUAUUUUAUUGUAAUUUAGUUUUGUUUCUUUAAAAUUAGCAGACGGACUUCUCAAAAUCAUAAGUCUUCUGGAAUCAAUCAAUCAAAAAAUCAAUCUGUGAGACCAUAUAUCACAUAUAUAUUUGUAAUAUAAACUCAUGACUAAGAUAAUUAUGUUUAUGUCAAGGACUCUGUCCUGUAAUUAUCAACAAUCGAUUAGUGAUUAUAGUAACGUAGUUUUAUGAAAUAUGUUUUGUUUUAGUAAUGUGUUUCAUCAUUGUAUCUAUAUAAGUAUAAUUAAGUUUAUU